AUGACCGCACUGUCAAAUGGGUCCUUUAUAUUCACAGCAGGCAGGGGGAGAGAACUACAUUUACUCGAGAAGGGCUCAGAUCAAAAGUCAUACAUUGUGUACGGUGGUGAGGUGCUUGCCUUCGCUUGUUGUGAAGAAGAUCAUGCCAUAGCGAUCGGCCUCAGGUCGCAGUCGGGUCCGGAUCAAUGUGUUAUUCGGAUAUACCAGUUUAAUGGGAGCGAGGUAGGGGAUAUGUUAGCAGAGGCAUCGUGCUUGAAGGUGACACAACUCAUGUGGAUCGAGAGCCGGCAGCUGAUGGCUUGUGGACCCGCGGGGUGCAGCUUGUUCGUGUGGAAAAAAAAUCUCUCAGUGUCCUUCAAGGACAGUGCAGUGGGAUGCUUUAUGCAAAUUGGGCGAGUGGCCUUGUUGUAUUCCGAGUUUCAGACGAUCAAAUACUGGAGUUUCGACACUAAGAAGAUGCUUGCAGCGGUUAAGCUCCCUCAAAGGGAUCAUCGUGUGCUUACUGUUGCGAGCGCAGGGUACUUCUGUUUUGCGCUGUAUGAGGACGGGACGGUUCAAGCGUUUUACGUUACUCGAAGCACCGUAAAGAAAUUAGAAGUGUUUAAGAAACUCUUUCCUAUGUUAUCAACAAAUGGGGCGGUGGGAGGGACGUCGGCGCAGUUGUUGUUGUGUGCUUUGUCAUCCCGCAAAGUGCUUGUGGGGUUGAGAGGAGGCGGUCGCGUGCACAAAUUGGAGUACAAGAACGAUAAAGUUCUGGUAGACAGCUUGCAGGAGGAUCUUCCGACACCUUUUGCUCUGAUGGGCAUCUCUCUUGAUGGGCGUCGCUGCCUGGUCCUCGAUACAAAGGAGGGGCGGCACUGUACUCUUGUGCUUUCCUUCGGUGGAACAAAGGAACUUUCACCGGGUACGGAGGCCCGCUCCGUGCAAAAGAAGCUGCCUUCCGCAGAAAAAACGAGGCGCACGGGGGCGGAUCGCGGUCCGGGUAAAGUAAAGUGGCCCGGUUCGUACCGUGUCAGUUCCGUUUUGGUGGCUACGGGUGUGGUCGUGGUUUUGUCUGCGUUGGUAAUUCGGCGGUUUUCCUCCCGCUAG